CUCUCUACUUAUGCAUCUUGUCUCCUGGAAAGGUUGAUUCUUGCCAACUGAAUCUCGACUUUGAAGAAGCCGAUGAAGUUAUCUUCUCUGUUAUUGGACCUCUUAGCAUUCACAUCACUGGCUACUUCCUCCCUAUUCCUACCGCUUUUAGGCUAAAUGAUGACGUACAAAAAGAUAUGCAGGUUUUAGGUAGGAGUGAGCUUUCUGAUUACCCAUUACCUGUAUUCUACGAACGUUUAUAUAAGCUGGUGGAUGAUCCUUCUUCGGAUUCAAUCAUUUCAUGGAGCAAAAAAAGCAAGAGCUUCGUCAUUCGAAAUCAGAAAAAGUUCAUUCGCAGAAAGAUUCAUUCGAGAUUUCCCUUUUCCAGCACAUUUGAAAAGUUUAUCUCCAUGCUUAAGUAUUACGGCUUUAGCGAAAUGAAGAGGUCAGAUGGGCUACUGGAAUUCGGCAAUGAGAAUUUUGUGAGAGGUCAACCUAUGCUUAUGAAGGAGAUGCACCUGAAAGCUAUGAUGAAGAGGAUUAACAAAGAUCUCACGGUAUUUAAAGCUCAGCGGAGAUAGAAAAAUCUAAAGACUUUUAACAGAAUCUCAUCAUGCUUGCAGUCAUCUUCUCUUUUCAUGCGUUUGUUGUUGUUCCAGCUGCUUUCUUUCUUGUAUCCAGAAUUUGUUUGGCUUUGUAAUUGAAACUAUGUUAU